AUGUCCCACACGCGGCCUGUCUUUUCGGCCGCCCAAGCCCUCCGCUCUGCAUUCCUCCCACCAGUUCAAGUCCAUGCACGCCGUCCAGCCAUCGGAUCCCUCAACAUAUACCGACCAAAAGGCCGCAAUAUCUCCUAUCGACCACGCUUUGACCAUUUUAACACCGAGCCUCCUGAAAAUGCUCCUCGUCUAAGUGUUGCCACAACCCCUUCUCCCAACGCUCCUGCAGACAGCGCCAUUCGCUAUCCUAUCAUUCAGACCAUGAACGAGGACGGAACAUUGAACCCCCCGACACCGCUGCGGCAGGCUUUGCGCAACGUCAAUCAAUUGGACGAAUCUCUUAUUCUGCUACAACACCCUACCGAUGACUACCCGGCCAUUUGCAAGGUCUUCAGCAAAAAAACCCUUCGCCAGCAGCAAUAUGCUAGAACCCGAACAGCGAAGCUAAAGCUUGCAAAGCAAGUUGAGUUGAACUGGGCAAUUGAUCCUCAUGACCUCAGCAAACGGCUGGAUCAGGUAGAAUCCUUCCUUGCCAAGGGGAAAAAGACGGAGCUGGUCCUAACCCCAAAACGGAGAGCACGAAGGGCAACACCAGCCGAAGGAGAGAAGGUGCUGGCGAUCAUAAGCGAGUGGAUAGAAAAGGUCGGGGUCAUUCAGAACAAACCGAAGCAGGGAGAGUUUUUGGGCUAUAUGCAGUACUUUUUUGAAGGGAAAAAAUAG